GUCCCCCUCCCCCAAACUGAGGCUUGGGUAGUACCAUAGAGCUUCACGAAACGGGGGGAAGAGGGAUCUUUACUCCCACUGAUGGGUGAGUGGGCGGAGGCUGCAUUUCCCACCACGGUUGCACCUGGGCACUGGGGGCUGGAACGUAAAGUGGGAAUCUUGAGUUCCAGGACCUAAGACUGGCCAGGAAUAGCUCCUGGGUGGAAGGGUAGGAAAUUAGGUGGAGAGAGCCCCGCGGUCCCCCCUGCUUCUGGCGCGGGUCCCCGCGCCCGGUAUCGGAGCGUCGCGCGCGGGGAGGGGGCGGCUGGGGGGCAGCGGCCGCUCGCGGUGUUGUUCGCUCGCGCGUCGAGCACACGGUGGGUCCGGCGGCCGGCGGGCGCCCCGGGCGGCGUUCCCCGUGGCCUGGCGCCUCGGCCGGUGCCCCGAGCGGAUCCCGCCCCAGAGUCUGACGCUCCUGCGGGCUCUAGGUGGAGUCCCGGGAGCUGAGGGGGACCGGCGACCGCCGCCGAAGCAUGAAGAAGGGGUAAGGCAAGAGCCCCCCAAGAUUUCACGGUGAAGUGGCACAGGGGUUGAUCUCAAGAUGCCAUUAGUGAAAAGAAACAUCGAUCCUAGGCAUUUGUGCCACACAGCACUGCCUAGAGGCAUUAAGAAUGAACUGGAAUGCGUAACCAAUAUUUCCUUGGCAAAUAUAAUUAGACAACUAAGUAGCCUGAGUAAAUAUGCUGAAGAUAUAUUUGGAGAAUUAUUCAAUGAAGCACAUAGUUUUUCCUUCAGAGUUAACUCAUUGCAAGAACGUGUGGACCGUUUAUCUGUUAGUGUUACACAGCUUGAUCCUAAGGAAGAAGAAUUGUCUUUGCAAGAUAUAACAAUGAGAAAAGCUUUCCGAAGUUCUACAAUUCAAGAUCAGCAGCUUUUUGAUCGCAAGACUUUGCCUAUUCCAUUACAGGAGACAUAUGAUGUUUGUGAACAGCCUCCACCUCUCAAUAUACUCACUCCUUAUAGAGAUGAUGGUAAAGAAGGUUUGAAGUUUUAUACCAAUCCUUCAUAUUUCUUCGAUCUGUGGAAAGAAAAAAUGUUGCAAGAUACAGAGGAUAAGAGGAAGGAAAAGAGGAAACAAAAGCAGAAAAAUCUAGAUCGUCCUCAUGAACCAGAAAAAGUGCCAAGAGCACCUCAUGACAGGCGGAGAGAAUGGCAGAAGCUGGCCCAAGGUCCAGAGCUGGCUGAAGAUGAUGCUAAUCUGUUACAUAAGCAUAUUGAAGUUGCUAAUGGCCCAGCCUCUCACUUUGAAACAAGACCUCAGACAUACGUGGAUCAUAUGGAUGGAUCUUAUUCACUUUCUGCCUUGCCAUUUAGUCAGAUGAGUGAGCUUCUGACUAGAGCUGAGGAAAGGGUAUUAGUCAGACCACAUGAACCACCUCCACCUCCGCCGAUGCAUGGAGCAGGAGAUGCGAAACCCAUACCCACCUGUAUCAGUUCUGCUACAGGUUUGAUAGAAAAUCGCCCUCAGUCACCAGCUACAGGCAGAACACCUGUGUUUGUGAGCCCCACUCCCCCACCUCCUCCACCACCUCUUCCAUCUGCCUUGUCAACUUCCUCAUUAAGAGCUUCAAUGACUUCAACUCCUCCCCCACCAGUACCUCCCCCACCUCCACCUCCAACCACUGCUUUGCAAGCUCCAGCAGUACCACCACCUCCAGCUCCUCUUCAGAUUGCCCCUGGAGUUCUUCACCCAGCUCCUCCUCCAAUUGCACCUCCUCUAGUACAGCCCUCUCCACCAGUAGCUAGAGCUGCCCCAGUAUGUGAGACUGUACCAGUUCAUCCACUCCCACAAGGUGAAGUUCAGGGGCUGCCUCCACCCCCACCACCGCCUCCUCUGCCUCCACCUGGCAUUCGACCAUCAUCACCUGUCACAGUUGCAGCUCUUGCUCAUCCUCCCUCUGGGCUACAUCCAACUCCAUCCACUGCCCCAGGUCCCCAUGUUCCAUUAAUGCCUCCAUCUCCUCCAUCACAAGUUAUACCUGCUUCUGAGCCAAAGCGUCAUCCAUCAACCCUACCUGUAAUCAGUGAUGCCAGGAGUGUACUACUGGAAGCAAUACGGAAAGGUAUUCAGCUACGCAAAGUAGAAGAGCAGCGUGAACAGGAAGCUAAACAUGAACGCAUUGAAAACGAUGUUGCUACCAUUCUGUCUCGCCGUAUUGCUGUGGAAUAUAGUGAUUCAGAAGAUGAUUCAGAAUUUGAUGAAGUAGAUUGGUUGGAAACAUUCCCGGAAGAUAAGAAAAUAAAUACCUGCAGACUGACAAAGCCAAAUAUGUCGUGUCCAUUUUAAAAUCAAAAUAACCUUUUACCCUAAAUAUUCAUCUUAACUUGCUGAGAGACUUUUGGAACAGAUCAGUCAAUGGUCAGUUUUAAUACCCUAAGAAGAAUGAAAGUUACUGGGUAGUGAAUGAUUGUCUUCUUAUUGAAUUAUUUUACUAUUCAACAAGAUCAUAUACAAGCAGAGUCAGAAAAAAUGAAUUGUAUACCAUGGGGAUACAAUUUGCGUCAUUUGGUUGAGGUUACCCAUUUACCUGCAUAUUACCAAAUCCAGUGAAUGCUUUUUAGUCCUUAAUUCAUUUAAUCUUUAUUCUGUAUUUAUUCUCCCUCCUUGAAACUUCCAAUCCUUUUGACCUUUGUGACACUGUUUCUUCCUCUUCUCUUUCCCCCAUAAUGGUGAAGGAGGGGGAAAUAGCUAGCAGCAGUGGUGUUAGGGAUGAAAUGCAGUUACUGUGGCAGGGAAGGGAGUUUCUCUGUAUCUUUUCCUAAGUAAGAGAUAUUUGUAAGCUUCAGAUUUACAAGACAUUUUAAGCUAUCACCAUUGCUUUUUAUAACUUAUUGGGGCAGACGAGAUGACUUCUAAGGCAUUUUCAUGUUAUAAAUGUUUAUUAAAAGAUAAAUAAGAAAAAUCUUCAUUUGGGUUGAAUUCUGUAAAUUAUGAAACACCUUGCUCUAUUCCACUUUUAGAAAGCCCUACCCUUUCUUUAAUAACCACCUCACAUUUGUAUUUUCAUGAAGUCUUCUCUGAUUACCACAGCCGGAGUUCAUGUGCCUUUUGAAUUUCUAUAAUUCUCUUAUUAUAAGCUUUCCUCAAAUGAUACUCAUAACAUUUUGCAUCACAGUUAUUACUUAUUUGAGCUUGCCAAAUAGAUUAUUCACAAGACAGCAGGAGUGUUGUCUUAAACAAACAACUCACAACAUCUCUUCUGAUAAUCAGGUUUAGAAAUCCCCACCCUCCCUUUCUUUUGUCCACUAGGACUCUUAAAAUUAUUUCUUCCUAGGCACUGCUCCUGUUUAAAAUUUCUUUCUCCACUAAUUUCAGUAGCAUAGUUGAUGUAAAAUUAUUCCUAAUUUCAUCAAAAUUUGGUAUGUGUGUAUUUUAAUAAAUGGAAAGUAUAGGAAUGACUCUUUUAGCCGAAGGUUAAAAUUAUUAGUAUUUCUGAAGCCACUUUUUAAGGCAGAGAGCAAAAUUGAUCAAUUGUUUUGAUUUAAUGGGAAUUCUCAUGAAUUACUUUCAAAACACAGCUUGAAAUUUGCCCUUAGUAAAUAUCCCACUGCUGUUUAUUUUUUUCGUUUUUAUUUCACUACAUUUGUCUUAACCCCAGCUUUUUUAACCACUUCCCUAAACUGAAACAACUAUAAAAUAAAUUAUUUAAAGCUCCUAAGUAGUUCAAGAAUUCAUUUUAGAAUCUAUUAUCUCCGUAAUAUCCACUUAGUAAAAAAAAUGCAAAUAAGCCAAUGCAAGAUAUUAAUCAUGCAAUAUCAGGGUUUAUAGCUUUGCCAUGUUGAACUAAUGAAAAGGAAUAUCAAAUUAUGAUAUUUAUAAAUUGUGCCAUAUAACUUAUAAUUAAUUAAAGUCAUCUUACUGAAGCCAAACAGAAUGCAUAGGAUCCUUGUAAUACAGAGAAUACAUUUUUUCCUCCCUUAUUCAUUGCUGUACUAAGAACAAAUUUAUUUGUGUUCUCUAGAAUGCAUCAGUAAUCUCUGUUGCUUUUCAAGCCCAACAACCAGCUCUGAAUAAAGAGUGAAUACCAGCCUUGAAUGAACGUUUCAGAUACUUUUUUAAAAGGCUAGUCAUCAAUACCUUUUUAUUAUUGUAAGGCCAGCUGCUCUGACUUUUUUUCCUUUAGAAAAAAAAAAUUAAACACAACUGAACAUGUAUUGAAGUCAUCU